GAGCUCUUUAUGCUGACUAAUCCCAAUGAACUAGAAGUCGACUGUCCUGAGAAUGGAUAAUUACUUAUGCUCUUAAGUUUCGUGAGUGUUCGUGUAGCAGCUUCAUGGCUACGUUCGACAGCUUCUCGGGGUUUACAGUUGUCAUGCUGCUUCCUCUGGCUAUGUCACCACCGAGAACUAUACUGUCGUCAGAGUCAUAGUUUGUCCACACAGAAAUACAGACUUUCGAUACUAUUUGGUCCUGUAAAUAUUGAGUCGUAUAGCAGUAUCCUUCGUAUGUGUUCAAAACAUCAUGCUGGUCACAAAGCCGAUUGUAUCCAUGUCACUAGCUACGAAUUUCGAUGUCUUGAGGCUCUGCUGAGCGCGACGUUUGCAAUUGCGGCGAUCAAAUACAGGGAAAAGUCACGAUGAGGCUGGAACCCAGAAAACACCCCCGUCUCAAGAUUCGACAGAAUUGCUAAGCUGAUUGUUAGAAAGGAUGUAAUGAUGUGCUCGUACAUUGCGAGGUGAGAUCUUGAUCCAGGAUGGGUUACGGCUAUAGAUGAUCGAUUCUAGACGCAACGCAUUGUCAUACUAACCAGUUAAUCUUAUGCGUAUCUGUUCAUGAAGAAAUCAUAUGAUAUCCACC